AGCCAAAAUCAUCCCAAAAGGCUGAACCACUAACAUGGUCUAAAAAACUCUGAACCCAGUAACACUCCCAACUGCCAGUUUCAAACUCUUUCAGGCCAUUUCUAUUACAACCUCACCCUUGGCUUUAGCCACGCCGCACAAAUUCCUGCUUAUUCAAUCCCCCAAUUUCACCACCACCUGAACUUGCGAAACUAGACCCAUAUACGCAAGCAGACUGACCGGAUUUAUCGAAUGAAAAUGACCUUCGCUUCUUUCAGCACUGGCAUUCCCUUGUGCCCGUACAAGCUAUGGUGUCAGCCUAAUACUGGAAGACGGCGGUUCAUUGCUUGCUCUGUCCAUGCUCCGCCCAUUAAAGAUAAAUACUUUGCCAAGCAUCCGCGUAAAAGGCGUGUAACUGGUGAAGGGUGUGGAAGAAGUAUGGAUGACUCCGUUCAACGUAAGAUGGAUCAAUUUUAUGAAGGGUCCCAAGGCCCUCCUUUACGAAUCCUUCCCAUUGGGGGUUUAGGAGAAAUUGGGAUGAAUUGCAUGUUAGUUGGGUAUUAUGAUCGAUAUAUACUGAUUGAUGCUGGUGUUAUGUUCCCCGGAUAUGAUGAGCUUGGUGUCCAGAAAAUUAUUCCUGAUACCACUUUCAUUAAAAAAUGGAGCCACAAAAUUGAAGCAGUUGUCAUAACUCAUGGACACGAAGAUCACAUUGGUGCAUUGCCUUGGGUCAUUCCAAGCCUUGAUUCCCAGACACCAAUAUUUGCGUCUUCGUUCACACUGGAGCUGAUCAAGAAACGCCUAAAGGAGUUCAAUAUCUUUGUUCCUUCAAGGUUUAGAGUAUUUAGAACUAGAAGAAAAUUUACUGCAGGACCGUUUGAGGUAGAAUGUAUAAGGGUUACCCAUUCUAUCCCUGAUUGUUGUGGACUAGUUCUACGCUGCGAUGCUGGUACAAUUCUCCAUACAGGCGACUGGAAGAUUGAUGAAUCACCAUUAGAUGGAAAGGUUUUCGAUCGUGAUGCCCUUGAGGAACUCUCAAAAGAAGGAGUUACGUUGAUGAUGAGCGAUUCAACAAAUGUCCUUUCCCCCGGCAGGACACUUAGUGAGACUGUUGUAGCAGACUCUAUAUUAAGGCACAUAUCUGCUGCUCGUGGAAGGGUAAUCACUACACAGUUUGCAUCUAAUAUCCACCGCCUUGGAAGUAUUAAGGCUGCAGCUGAUUUGACUGGGAGAAAGAUGGUUUUUGUUGGCAUGGCUCUGAGGACAUAUCUUGAUGCUGCAUGGAAGGAUGGGAAAGCUCUAAUGGAUCCAUCAACUUUGGUGAAAGCUGAAGAUAUCGAUGCUUAUGCCCCGAAAGAUUUGGUGAUUGUCACAACAGGCUCUCAAGCUGAGCCACGAGCAGCUCUGAAUCUUGCAUCUUAUGGUAAUAGCCAUUCACUCAAGUUGAACAAGGAGGAUUUGAUUCUUUACUCUGCAAAGGUGAUCCCUGGCAAUGAGACUCGGGUAAUGAAAAUGCUAAACCGUAUUUCUGAGAUAGGGUCAACAGUAAUCAUGGGCAAGAAUGAACAGCUGCAUACAUCUGGCCAUGCUCACCGUGAAGAGUUGGAAGAAGUGCUGAAAAUUGUGAAGCCACAACAUUUUCUUCCGAUUCAUGGAGAAUUUUUGUUCCUGAAGGAGCACGAACUGCUUGGGAGGUCAACUGGAAUCAGGCACAGCACUGUUAUCAAGAACGGAGAGAUGCUCGGAAUUUCCCAUUUGAGGAAUAAAAGAGUUUUAUCCAAUGGUUUUAUUUCCAUGCGUAAAGAGAAUCUGCAGUUAAUGUAUAGUGAUGGUGACAAAGCAUUUGGUACAGCUGCUGAACUUUGUGUUGAUGAGAGAAUGAGAAUUGCUUCAGAUGGUAUAAUAGUUGUCAGUAUGGAGAUCAUGCGUCCCCAAACCAAUGAUUCUCUGUCUGAGAGAUCCAUUAAAGGAAAAAUAAAAAUCACCACACGCUGUCUAUGGCAUGAUAAAGGAAAACUUUUGGAUGCACUCCAAAAAGCUGCACAUGCUGCACUCUCUAGCUGUCCUGUAAAUUGUCCUCUCCACCAUAUCGAAAAAACUGUGUCUGAAGUUUUAAGGAAACUAGUGAGAAAAUACAGCAGUAAAAGGCCUGAAGUUAUUGCAGUUGCACUAGAAAAUCCUGUCAGUGUCAUAGCAGAUGAAAUCAGUAAUAAGCUAUCAGGAAAAUCUUAUGCUGGUUUUGGAGUUUCAGCAUUAGGAAAAGCCAUAAAUGGAAAUUACAGAAAGAGGGGGCCAUCAAAUACAAUACUUGCAGAAGAGGACAAUGGCCCGGAGCAUUCCAUGAGCAUUGCAUAUGAGGAAAAAGAUUUUGUAAAUUCAACGAUGUGUGUUCAAGUAAAACAUUGGGAGAACUACACAACUGGUGCGGCCGAUAUUGAUAUUCAAGGGGAUAAUACAUAUGGUGAAGAAACCACAAGUUUUAACACAUUGCAAGAUUUAUCUAUGGAUGAUGCCGUGUCAGAUGACUUACGGAAACCUUCUGUCGUAUCAUCGCCCAUUCAUGACGACCUUCUCCAAGAACAAGUACACGAUAGCAAAAAUGAUGAACUUCCUUCUGACUUUUCAAAACCAAAACCGGAAUCUUCGAAACCCUUGAAAAGAAACAAGUGGAAACCUGAAGAGGUUAAGAAGCUGAUUAAAAUGCGUGGCGAACUGAACAACACAUUCCAAGUCCAAAAGGGGCGAAUGGCUCUUUGGCAGGAGAUAUCUUCACGUCUCGAAUCUGAUGGAAUCGCUCGAAGUCCUGGACAGUGCAAAUCUCUGUGGGCUUCUCUUAUUCAAAAAUACGAGGAAACCAAGAAUGAUACCAAGAGCCGGGAAAAAUGGUCGUUUUUUAAGGAUGUGGAUGACAUCUUGUCCGACUCACGAGAACGGGCAUCAAGAUGAUGGGAGAAUGUAAAAAUGUUUGGACUUUUGGUUGAUGAUUCAAUCUACACGGGAUACUUACCUGUUUGGCUGCCUGCCAUGAUUUGCCUGCCUGGCUAAGUAGUAUCAAUAGCAAGCUUACCUUCUUUUUACAUGGCCUGGCUGGCUCUCAAUAUCAAGCUGUGUUCAUGGGAGUCAUAU